AUGAAAGAUGAUGGUUUAAUUGUGGAAGGUCCAUUUUUGUUAGAUGCAGCUGGUAAGACAAGAACGUCGAUAUGGAAAAUUCCGUCACCCACUGAUCCAAAUGAACGAGGUAGAUUUGGAGAAAAUUUGAAAAAACAUGGUAUUACCUUGGCAACAUAUGAUCACCUUUAUCGACAACAUUCAAUACCAUCACAAAAUUCCUUAGCCAAAUUAGCUAUACAACAUUUUGAACAAUGUGGAUUAUUGAUUCCAGAGUAUCAUAAAUAUUCGACUGACUUGAAAGAUGUUAUUGCUAAACAUUUGAAAAAUGGUGAUAUUGUGCAAACGUUAGUUAAUGGUGCAGAUCGAUAUUCAAUAGAUCCUACAUCAAUCUAUUUUUAUGAUAAGCCAACAAUCACAAGUUUUUUUCCAUUUAUAAUUCAGACAGAUGAAAGUACAGCAUCAAAACAACCUACAUUCAAAACUUCGAAACCGAACACAUCGUCUAGCAUAUCAAUAAAACAAACAGCCACUACCAGCGCAUUAACGUCGACAUCAUUAAUGCCAUCGUCUGAUGGUAGUACAAAUGCAUUUAUGAGUAUGAUAAUGCAAAUGAUGACGUCAGAACACAUUGAAAUGUUCACAAAAAAUAUCCAGCAGACAAUAUCUGAUACAACAAAUUUACAAAUUGAUGACGGUUUCGAUAAUUCUGUUGACUCUACAUUAGGAAUUAUUGGAAUAAUGAAAAGUGUUCGAACUGGAACGGCUGAUGACUUAGAUGCAAAUGAAAGUCAUUCACAGUCGAAACAAGAUAAAACAUCGCAAAUUUUAGAAUGUGCUAGAAAGAUUUUGCAUCAAAAAUCUGUCUUAUUUGAUAAAACUGAUUUGAUACAUGUAUCUACACAUACAAAAUGGAGAGAUGAAGUUUUGGCAAUGCUUGUCAAAGAAGGAUUAAUUAAAACCGGUGAUUAUUUUGUUACACGUACGAUAUCUAAAAAGGAAGUGAAGGAAAAACGACAUGAAGGUUUUCUGAAAGCAUUUCCGGCUUUUGAUUCAGAUCAUGAUGCAUUGACUUUUGAACAAAAAUUAGCUAAAUCUAUAAGCAUUGUUUGCUCAAAAACAAUUGCUACUUCAAAAAUAACAUCCGAGACAGCUGAUUUAUUACAGAAUGAUCCAUUUUAUUUUCGAUAUGUACGAUUUGAUCGUGAUAAAUGGCAGUUCUUACCAAUUAUGCAAGUUGAAUAUUUACAAUUGACAACAUUUAAUACUGAUGAUUUUCAACGACAAUCAAGAAAAUUAACAAAACGAGUAGAAACGUCUGAUAGUGAAUGGGGCACGGAGAAACAAUUUGUUGCCGUACGUUCUUUAAGACGAUUAUCCACUGAAAGCCCAGCAAAAAAAACAAAAAAACGGUCUGAAUUAAAAGAACAUGUUCAAACUCUAUCUAAAUUAUACAACAAAUGGUUUACAUCUAAUUAUGAUAUUGAAAAAAUGAUUGUCGAUUAUCGUCAAACGUAUUCAACUGUCAACUGUGAUGUACAUUUAGUGAACUUGUUACCAUUCACAAAUAAUUGUGUCAAAUGUCAAAAACAAUUAAAAAUACAAAUGGAUAAGACAGUUAAAACAUUGAUCAAACAUGAUAAAGUUGAAAAAUGUACAAUAUCAUAUUGUUAUUGUGAGGAUUAUCGUAAGGUGAUUCGUAAUUCGAAAUUUGCACAUGUUUUGUUUUCCUUUAAAUGA